AUGGCAGCACUGGCGAGGAGGGCGGGAGGAUCCCCUGCGGCGGCGCUGUGGGCCGCGGCCAGGGGAUUCGCGUCGGUCGGCUCCGACAUCGUCUCCGCGGCGCCCGGCGUGUCGCUGCAGAAGGCGCGGUCCUGGGACGAGGGGGUCGCCACCAAGUUCUCCACCACCCCUCUCAAGGACAUCUUCCAUGGGAAGAAAGUCGUCAUCUUCGGGUUGCCGGGUGCAUACACAGGAGUAUGUUCGCAGUCCCACGUUCCUAGUUACAAGAACAACAUUGAUAAGUUGAAAGCAAAAGGGAUCGACUCUGUUAUCUGUGUAGCUGUAAAUGAUCCCUAUGUGCUGAAUGGAUGGGCAGAAAAAUUACAGGCAAAAGAUGCAAUUGAGUUUUAUGGUGACCUUGACGGGAGCUUCCACAAAAGCUUGGAUUUGGAAAUAGAUCUCUCUGCUGCUUUGCUUGGUCGACGCUCCCACAGGUGGUCGGCCUUUGUCGAUGAUGGGAAGAUCAAGGCAUUCAACGUUGAGAAAGCCCCUUCUGACUUCAAGGUUUCUGGUGCUGAGAACAGUCAUCGAAUUAGUCACCGGUUCGUGUAUGCGACAGUUUCUGUUAUUUGGCGUUUGAUGAAGAGCUGUGCUCGCGUGCAGGCAGCUUCCAUGAGCCUUCCAUGUGAAGGCAAGAUAUUUUCUGGGUUGUUCGGUGCUGGGAGGCUCAGCUAA